GGCGGAGGCGCCUCCAACGGCUUCCGGGUUUAGGCCUGGCGCUGCGGUAGAGGCGGCGGCAGCGGCGGCAGAGCGGGACGCGGGCGGUGGGAGCGGAGGGACCGGCAUGGACGUUUCGGGGCAAGAGACCGACUGGCGGAGCGCCGCCUUCCGGCAGAAGUUGGUCAGUCAAAUUGAGGAUGCCAUGAGAAAAGCUGGUGUGGCCCACAGUAAAUCCAGCAAGGAUAUGGAGAGCCAUGUGUUCCUGAAGGCCAAGACCCGGGACGAAUACCUUUCUCUCGUGGCCAGGCUUAUUAUCCAUUUUCGAGACAUUCAUAACAAAAAAUCUCAAGCUUCCGUCAGUGACCCUAUGAAUGCACUACAGAGCCUGACUGGUGGGCCUGCUGCAGGAGCAGCUGGAAUCGGCAUGCCUUCUCGGGGCCCAGGACAAUCCCUGGGCGGGAUGGGUGGCCUUGGCACCAUGGGGCAGCCGAUGCCCCUCUCAGGGCAGCCGCCCCCUGGCACCUCGGGGAUGGCCCCCCACGGCAUGGCUGUUGUGUCUACAGCAGCUCCACAGACCCAGCUGCAGCUCCAGCAGGUGGCGCUGCAGCAGCAGCAGCAGCAGUUCCAGCAGCAGCAGGUGGCGCUGCAGCAGCAGCAGCAACAGCAGCAGCAGCAGCAGCAGCAACAGCAACAGCAGCAGUUCCAGGCCCAGCAGAAUGCCAUGCAGCAGCAGUUCCAGGCGGUGGUACAGCAGCAGCAGCAGCAGCUCCAGCAGCAGCAGCAGCAACACCUGAUUAAACUGCAUCAUCAAAACCAGCAGCAGAUACAGCAGCAGCAGCAGCUACAGCGGAUGGCACAGCUGCAGCUGCAGCAGCAGCAACAGCAGCAGCAGCAGCAAGCUUUGCAGGCCCAGCCGCCACUACAGCAGCCACCGAUGCAGCAGCCCCAGCCUCCCCCUUCCCAGACCCUGCCCCAGCAGCUGCAGCCGAUGCACCACCCACAGCACCACCAGCCGCCACAGCCCCAGCAGCCACCAGUUGCUCAGAACCAGCCAUCGCAGCUCCAGGCGCAGUCACAGACCCAGCCUUUGGUGUCACAGGCUCCGGCCCUCCCUGGACAGAUGCUGUAUGCCCAGCCACAGCUGAAACUUGUCCGCGCUCCAAUGGUGGUGCAGCAGCCGCAGGUGCAACAGGUGCAGCAGGUGCAGCCCCAGGUGCAGCAGCAGACAGCGGUGCCAACAGCUCAGGCUUCCCAGAUAGUGGGUUCCGGAGUGCAGAUGAUCACUGCAGCCUUGGCCCAAGGUGUGAGGGAAGUAAGAGCCCAGUUCCCGUUCACCACCACCGCCUCAGCUGCCGUCCAUUCAAGUUCUACCGCUUUGGGUGGACAGCCCUCUCAGCACGGCCCCCUCCACUUCCAGGUCAGCCAGAACAGCCUCACCAUGCUGUCCUCACCAUCGCCGGGCCAGCAGGUGCAGACCCCGCAGUCGAUGCCCCCUCCCCCCCAGCCGUCCCCGCAGCCUGGCCAGCCCAGCUCGCAGCCCAACUCCAACGUCAGCUCCGGCCCUGCCCCUUCCCCCAGUAGCUUCCUGCCCAGCCCCUCACCGCAGCCCUCCCAGAGUCCAGUGACGGCACGCACCCCGCAGAACUUCAGUGUUCCCUCCCCGGGACCUUUAAACACCCCUGUGAAUCCCAGCUCGGUCAUGAGCCCAGCUGGUUCCAGCCAGGCUGAGGAGCAGCAGUACCUGGACAAGCUGAAGCAGCUGUCCAAGUACAUCGAGCCCCUACGCCGUAUGAUCAACAAGAUCGAUAAGAAUGAAGACAGAAAAAAGGAUCUGAGUAAGAUGAAGAGCCUUCUGGACAUUCUGACAGAUCCCUCUAAGCGGUGCCCCCUGAAAACACUCCAGAAGUGUGAGAUUGCCCUGGAGAAGCUCAAGAAUGACAUGGCAGUGCCCACGCCCCCACCACCCCCGGUGCCGCCAACCAAGCAGCAGUACCUGUGCCAGCCACUCCUGGAUGCCGUCCUGGCCAAUAUCCGCUCACCUGUCUUCAACCAUUCCCUGUACCGUACAUUCGUGCCAGCCAUGACGGCUAUCCACGGCCCACCCAUUACGGCCCCGGUGGUAUGCACUCGGAAGCGUAGGUUUGAAGACGAUGAACGGCAGAGCAUUCCUAACGUGCUCCAGGGGGAGGUGGCCAGAUUAGACCCUAAGUUCUUGGUGAACUUGGACCCAUCUCACUGCAGUAACAACGGCACCGUCCACCUGAUAUGCAAGUUGGAUGACAAGGAUCUCCCAAGCGUGCCGCCGCUGGAGCUCAGUGUGCCUGCCGACUACCCCGCCCAGAGCCCACUGUGGAUUGACAGGCAGUGGCAGUACGACGCCAACCCCUUCCUGCAGUCGGUGCACCGGUGCAUGACCUCGAGGCUGCUGCAGCUCCCGGACAAGCACUCGGUCACAGCCCUGCUCAACACCUGGGCGCAGAGCAUCCACCAGGCCUGCCUCUCCGCCGCCUAGCCACCCACCCACUGGGGACCACGGGGAUAGCCGGCAACCUUGUCAGGGCCACAGCGGACAUGCACCUCACGUUGGACAUUUCUAGGUGUUGGCUCCCUUAGAGAACCUGGGCUUAGAUUAGCUUUCCUGCUUUUAUCUUCUGCCUUGGGGACCUGCCAAACAUUUUCCCAUACUUGUACGUGACUGGGGCAGGUGGCUGUGGAGCUGGCUGCUUCGUGGUGGGGUUGGGACUCCCCCCACCUCCACUCCCCCCCGGGAGUCAGACAUGCCUCAGCCCUGUGUGCUCCUCCUUGGGCUGCUGUCCCCUUGGCUUCUCCAGGGCCCAUGUCCUUCCUCAGCAGCCUGGGGGAGAACUCCAGGUCUCGUUAGAGCCUCUUGUGUGUGUGCCAGAAAACUUUUUGUUUCUGUAGGGGAACAUGGAGAGCAUAGGAAACCCUGAAAACACACACAGAAUUCUCUGGUCACGGUAUUGGGUUCAGACGCUUCCACCGUUGCCGUGGGGGGCACGCCACUGGGAAGCUCCUGGAUCCAAGGGCCGCUGGCUGCGUCUCAGAAGGAAAGUCGGCCAGCAGGCAGUUGCGAAUCCCCUGCCAUCACCUGGGACUCAUACCUCAUGGCAUUCUCCCUUUAAGCCAUGGGGGUCUGCUCAGCACUGUGGGGGUGCCUAGGGAACAGGGACACCUGAGUGGAUCCUGUACCUGGCACCGUGCCCACUCACUGGGCACUUGGGCCUGUUCUUGGGUCAGGGCAGCAUCCUCAGGACCUGGCGUCAUCAGAGCUGCUCCGGAGAGUGAAAGCUCCCUGACAGGGCAUCAGCCCUCUGGCAAUGAGAGGCUUCCCCUUUUGUAUGUGCACUACCGUGUCAUCUGUGGUUCUUAUAAUAAAUUUAUUAUUCCUGUGUU